AUGAUACCAUGGUCAUCAUUCAUGCAAAAGGCUCAAUCACUGAUUGAUCCUGCGAACUUCAACAUUCCAUCCCUCUCCUCAUCCGACGACAAUCCCUCGAAAGCCUCUCUCUUCCGCCAACAGUUCCGCCUACCCGAUUCCCAAAAUCCCCUACAAGAGAUCACCGCUGAGCUCAUCCUUCCUCUCCCAAGCUCAUCUUCUGGCUCUGGAGAAUCGUCUCGUCGGGCUGACAAGGCAGGCAAUCGAUACACGGGCCGUUUACAUGUGAGCGAGCGGUUCAUCUGCUUCUCCACACAACCAACAAGCUUCUUGCCAUCGUCAACACUGAGUGCAUCCACUAGCUGGACUGGUCAGACGCACGGGACGGGGCCUUCUGGUAAUGGCUUCACUAUCCCCCUUUCAUGCAUUCGUCGUGUCGAACGACUGAACAGCGAGACAAAUAUCUUUACUCUGGCAUUGACGACAUGGAACGGCUUGUUGAGCAAGAAGAAGGAGGAGAACACAGGGAACCAGCGUCUUAUUCUGCAACUUAUUGGCAGCAGACAGGCCAGCGAACGGUUUUGCGACUGCUUGAAGAAGGGCUUACGGGAGGGUAUAAAGGAGGUCGACGGGCUGCGUGCUGUUGUGACAGACUGCUACUCGGAAUACUUGCUAUCUGGAGCCAAGCAAGCUGCCAAAGAGGGAAAUGAUCCCAAUGCACGUCAACCACCAGAUGCCGGAUUGGGUAUGCUCUUCCGCUAUCCUGGCGAUGCACGCAAGCUUCGAGACCGUAGCAAGAUGAGACUUUGGGUUGAAUAUUUCCGAGAAAACGGGCGCAAUGUGACUCUCGUUCGACAACCCACAUUUCACAAACUGAUUCGCGUUGGUUUGCCUAACCGCCUACGUGGAGAGGUUUGGGAGCUUUCUUCUGGCUCUCUAUUCUUGCGGGUUCGCUCGCCGAAACUUUACCAAGAAACAUUGGACAAAUUUGAAGGCCAGGAUUCGCUUGCGAUCGAUGAAAUUGAAAAGGACCUGAACAGAAGCUUACCAGAGUAUCCGGGAUACCAGAGUGAGGAGGGUAUUGGUCGUCUACGACGAGUUCUCACGGCAUAUAGUUGGACAAACGCGGAGAUUGGCUAUUGUCAAGCUAUGAACAUCGUUGUUGCCGCAUUGUUAAUAUAUAUGUCUGAGCAGCAGGCCUUUUUCCUGCUUUCUGUGCUUUGCGAUCGCCUUCUGCCCGGUUAUUAUUCCACCACCAUGUACGGCACACUACUUGACCAAAAGGUGUUCGAGUCCUUGGUGGAGAAGACAAUGCCCGUCCUCUGGGAACACCUGGCCAAAUUCGAUGUUCAGCUUUCUGUUGUCUCUCUGCCGUGGUUCCUUUCUCUUUACAUCAACUCGAUGCCCCUCGUCUUUGCAUUCCGCGUUCUGGACGUUUUCUUUCUAGAGGGUCCCAAGGUCUUGUUCCAAUCGUACUUUUCGCGUCUGGACGAAUCUGCACACCCGAAAUCAGAGAACCCAAAGCUUCGAGCCAUUACUAGAUUCCAGGAAUUGAUGGUUGUCGCUUUCAAGGAGUUCUCUGGCAUCACGCACAGCACAAUCAUAGAACAACGUGAUAAACACAAAGGUGCUGUGUUGGAGAAUAUCGAAAAUUUCGCCAAGCGCACCUCUAUCCGCAACCUUGGACCUGAGAGCAAGCGCCUCAGUGUGGAUGACCUCGGUACCAUCUACGACCGGUUCUACGAGACCCUGUAUCAUUGGCAACAACACCAAAAUAUGUUGGAAGAGGAGCGCAAACGACAACAAAAGAAGAAGUCCGAACGUUUCUCCAUUCUUGGCCCUCCUGCGGAUAGGGAGAUGGGUCGUGUUGGUCUUGGCCCCAGCCCUACUCAUAUGGAUUACGAUGCAUUCCGUGAAUUUUUGGCUGCAACUUCGAAAUGGGCUGUUUCCGACACACCAGCUUCCGCUCGAAAGGAUUCUGCCAAUAGUUACAACAGCUUCAAGGGUAACAAGUCGUUACUAUGGGCGAAUAGACGCCAGCCAGCCGAUCAUGAAUUCAUGCAACGUCUUUACAGGAAAUGGUCUACUGACCCCGAAGAAGGACUAAAUCUUCAAAAUGUUGUGACGGGUCUCGCACGGCUAAAAGGAUCCCCAGAUAUCAUGAACAACAUCAACUACUUUUUCGAUCUUUAUGAUGAUGAUGGCAAUGGACAAGUUGAUCGCGAGGGAAUCCUCAAGAUUUCAGAGGCCUUGCUUUUUCUAUCGCGUCGUGGUUUUGAGGGCAAGAUCACCGCUACUCAGUCUCAGGAUGAUAUGGACAGUCCCCAUCUAGAAAAGAACAGCCUUACCACGGAUGAAAGGUUCCUUGGAAGUGUGAGCGCAUUCAUCCGUCGCUGUUUCGAAUACGCCGAUCCUAGCCAUCCCGAAAACCAGAAGGCCGCCCAAGAUAAUGCCACCGCCGAAGUCACAACGGGGCUCGAUACCUUCACUAUUGGCGAUGAGGAAGAUUUGAUUGAUGUCGAUGGCGACUCUAGCACCAAACCCCCCUCUGGGACCAACGCUGAGACAGAAAGCAGUAAACAGAAUCGGCCCCGAUCUGAAUCUGCAAACCCUGCCUUGGACCCAAACAACCCACUUCACAUUACCCUCCCAACAUUCCGCAUGGUUGUUCUCGCCGACGAACUCCUAGAACAAUUCUUCGAGUCUUAUUUCCCCCAGUCCUUCCAUCUUUCCGACCACCCUCAUCCUGCUGCUCUUGCCGCAUCAUCAUCUCUUUCGUCAAACCUCACAACCUUCUCCAACAUUGGCAGCCCUCGUCCCUCUCAUCUCACCGCCACCUCUAGUGCUUCCGUCGCCGGUGCCUCGGGAGGAAUUGUGCCACCGAGCAAGGGCCUUCGCGGUGUUCUUGACAACAUUGUCACAGAUGGUAUCCGUAUGGCCGCCGAAGUUAAGAAGAGAAUGGAUGAUGCACAGCGCGAUCUCGAGCGUAGUGCACUCGGCCGGGAUGAAGACGAUGACGACGAAGAUGACGAUGAAUACCCACACCGUGGAGGUGCAUCUGCUUCCGUCAUGGCUGGUGGGAUCUCCAGCUGGGGUGCCGGCGCAUACGGUGCAGACACAGAGCGCCGUGGCGUCCGAGACGCGGAUCGUGAUCUACUUGAAGGAGCUGAGGUCGAAGCGUCUUCCCUGCUCGAUGGGAGAAUUGACGCCGAAUCGGGACCUACUAGUGGUAAGGCCAGCAAUACUUCUGCAACCGUGGACCAUGAUCCAAAGGUUGUUAGCAAAAUUGUUGAGUUUGAAUCAUGA